AUGGAUUCAACAUUAUGUUUACCUUCGUCUAAAAAAGAAAUUGAAGAAUUAAUAGAAACAAAAGAUUGGGCACUCAUGCAUGGAAUGUGCAUGAGACCUAAACAAAAUUUUAAUAGAAAUGUCCUACAAUUUGCACCAUUUAUUCUAAUGCCAUCUCCAUUUCCUAGAAAGGAAUUUAUAAAUGCUUGUCAGAUUCAAGUAAUAUUAAAUAUGCUUAUACAUAGAGUUGCCCAAGAUUAUAAUUUUUUAAAAGAAACUUUAGAAGAAACAAUUAAAGUUGAUAAUUUUACUAAAGAAUUAUUUGAAAUCUGUAAAAUUAUAAACAAUGAAGGAGGAUCAGUACAAAAAAUAUCUCUUGGUAUAUUACGUUCAGACUUAAUGUUGGAUACAACUUGUCCAGAAAAAGAUAAAAAUAAGAAUAUAUAUUGUUGUUGGAAACAAGUUGAAAUAAAUACAAUUGCAUCUGGCUUUGGUUGGUUAGGGCCUGCUUCAACUGAAUUACAUAAAUUUGUUUUAAAAGAGCUUGGUUAUCAUAAAGAAAUAAAAAAUCUUCCAGAAAAUAAUGCAUUACAAAUAAUAUGUUCAAGUAUAAUUAAAGCAUGGAUGAUGUAUGGAAAUCAACAAGCAGUAAUUUUGUUUGUCAUUGAAGAUAUUACAUAUAAUAUUUGCGAUCAACGUUUUCAUGAAUUUGAAAUUAGAAAGCAAAAUCCAAAUGUCAGAAUCAUUCGUAGAAAUUUAACACAAUUAACAGCUACUGCUAAAUUGGGCUACAAAAAAGAAUUGAUAGUAGAUAAUUAUAUUGUAGCUGUAGUAUAUUACAGGUGUGGUUAUGAACCUGGACAAUAUCACACACAAAAAGAAUGGGAAGUAAGAUUAUUAAUAGAAAGAUCUUUAGCAAUUAAGUGUCCUACUAUUCAGUAUCAUUUAGCAGGAACUAAAAAAGUUCAACAGACUCUUGCAAAGCCAGGUGUAAUUAGUAGAUUUUUAAAAAAUGAAAAAACAUGUGCAGAGAUUACAGAAAUAUUCACUGAACUUUAUGGAUUAGACUUUGAUGAACAUGGAGAUGCUGCUAUAGAAAUGGGAAUCUCAGAUCCACAUCGUUUCGUAUUAAAACCUCAACGGGAAGGAGGUUGUAAUAAUAAAUAUGGAUUAGAUAUAAAACAUUUCUUAGAAUCUGUAAAAAAUAAGCAAGAUAGAGUAGCUUGGAUUCUUAUGGAUAAAAUUCGUCCUCCAAUUCAUAAAAGUUACAUGGUUAGACCUGAAAUUAAUAUAGAUACUGAACUGCAAGAAUUAGUUUCUGAAUUAGGAAUCUUUGGUGUUAUAAUAGCAGAUGAAAAUAAUGUAUAUGUUAACAAACAAAGUGGUCAUAUGUUACGAACAAAGUUAGCUACUGCUAAUGAAGGUGGUGUUGCAACAGGAUUAGCUUUACCGGAUGUUAUACAUGCCGUGGCAAAGUAUGAAGUAAACCAUGAGCCAAGAGAAAUUUUCUUUUUUCGAGAAGGUACCAUAGUAAUGUGGAAUAUUUCUGAACUUGAAUGUGAAAAUUUAUUAGAAUUCUUAAAAAAAUAUGAACAAAAUCGUUACAUGGAAUACGAUGUACAAUCUGAGAGUGAAGUGAUGUGUUACAAUUAUGCAGAACAUGGAAAAAGAAAUCAUAUAAAAAAUGGUAACAUUAUUUUAGCUUUAGAUGCAACAAAAUUAGAUAAGUAUACAUUUUCUAAUGCAAUUGCACAAUCAGUGAAAUUGGGCAUAUGGGAAGCAUCUUUAGAUAAUUAUAUAGAUUCCAUAGAAUUUGUUACUGAAGAUUUAAAAGCUGGUAAAAAAUUAGAAAUGACUCAACAUGAAGUAUUAAAAAAGCAAGGGGAAUUAUUUGCAUUGCGACAUUCUAUUAAUUUAAGCUCAGAUUUAUUAGAUACUCCAGAUUUCUAUUGGGAAAGAGAAGAUUUAGAACAACUUUAUCAGGAAACUUGUUCGUAUUUUAACAUUGCAAAACGUACAAGAGUAAUAAAUGAAAAAUUAAAUCAUUGUGUGGAGCUUGUAGCAAUUUUAUCUUCACAUUUAAGCGAUCGCCAUCACAUUCGUUUAGAAUGGAUGAUUAUUAUUCUUAUUAUGGUUGAAGUUGUUUUUGAAAUAUUACAUUAUAUUGAUAAGUAUCUUUCAUAAUGUAAUUAUGUAUAAAAUAAUUGAUAAUAAUAAUUAGUAGCAGUCAUUGUGUAUUUAAUUGUAAAAUAGAUAUAUAUAAAAUUAUAGAUA